AUGGUUUUACUAUUGACUGUCGUUGGGCUUUUCCUUUCAUUGGUUAUUUCUGCUCCUAUUCCAGUUCCAUCACAACCAACUUCGCCAAUAUUUUCCAUGAUUGCAUUUCAUGAUGGAGCUCAAUUCAGAUACAAUCUUGUUUAUUUUGAUGGAGUUGAUUUGAAAUUACGCUCUGAUACAAACGCAUUCUUUGGACGCAUCAAUGGUGCUGAGAAUUGGGCAUUGAAUAUGCCUAUAUCUUCUACAGAAAACGAGCAACCAGUAAAUAUCAAUGUAGUUGUUGAUGAAGAUGGGAAAUUGACAAGUACAAAUAAUACUGAUGUUGAAGCUUCCAGUGGAUUUGCUAUUACAAAUUCUCUUUUAACAUUUGAGAAUUCAAGUCUGUUUGUAGCUUGUUCGGAUGAAGGAUACCUUGGUGAAUAUGGUAUUUAUAUUGCUGAUGCAAAUGAAACUUCUGAAUGCUCAUGUCCUAACAAUAUUACAGGCUAUGAAAUUGUUUUGAAGGUUCAACUUGAUUCUACUGUGAAUUACAAUCCUCAAUCUAAUCCAAUCUUAAUUUAG